UGUAGCCGAGGCUGCUCUUCUGCAUUGCUAAGCUUCAUUAGAGCCGCCGAAGCUGUCACUAAGUAACUCUUUACGUUCCAUUUUCUUUUUUAUUUUUAGAAUUUAGAAGGAGACUCCCCAGGAAUAAUGUAUGGAUUUGUGAACCAUGCGUUGGAGCUUCUAGUAAUAAGAAACUAUGGUCCUGAAAUAUGGGAAGAUAUAAAGAAAGAAGCACAACUUGAUGAAGAGGGACAGUUUUUGGUCAGAAUUAUUUAUGAAGACUCCAAAACCUAUGAUCUGGUGGCAGCAGCAAGCAAAGUGCUAAAUCUCAAUGCUGGAGAUAUUCUCCAAAUGUUUGGAAAGAUGUUUUUUGUUUUUUGCCAAGAAUCUGGUUAUGAUACAAUCCUGCGAGUCCUUGGAUCCAAUGUUAGAGAAUUUUUGCAGAACUUGGACGCAUUACAUGAUCACCUCGGUACUAUUUAUCCAGGUAUGCGUGCGCCAUCCUUUAGAUGUACUGAUGCAGAAAAAGGCAAAGGACUUAUUUUACAUUACUAUUCGGAACGAGAAGGACUACAAGAUAUAGUCAUUGGAAUUAUUAAGACUGUGGCUCAGCAGAUCCAUGGGACAGAAAUAGACAUGAAGGUAAUACAACAGAGAAAUGAAGAAUUUGACCACACACAAUUUUUGAUAGAAGAAAAAGACACCAAAGAAGAAGACUUUUAUGAGGACCUGGAUAGGUUUGAAGAAAAUGGGACUCAGGAGUCUCGUAUAAGUCCUUACACCUUCUGCAAAGCUUUCCCAUUUCACAUAAUGUUCGACAGAGACCUUGUUGUAACACAGUGUGGAAAUGCUAUCUUCAGAGUUCUUCCUCAGCUCCAGCCUGGAAACUGCAACCUUCUGUCUGUUUUCUCCUUGGUUCGACCCCAUAUUGACAUUAGCUUUCAUGGCAUUCUCUCUCACAUCAACACUGUGUUUGUCCUAAGGAGUAAGGAAGGUUUGCUUGACGUGGAGAAGUCAGAAAAUGAAGAUGAACUCACUGGCACUGAAAUUAGUUGCCUUCGUCUGAAAGGACAAAUGAUCUACUUGCCAGAGGCUGAUAAUAUUCUCUUCCUCUGUUCUCCAAGUGUUAUGAAUCUGGAUGAUCUGACAAGAAGAGGUCUGUAUCUCAGUGAUAUCCCACUGCAUGAUGCUACCCGAGACCUGGUCCUCUUGGGGGAGCAGUUCAGAGAGGAAUAUAAACUGACACAGGAAUUGGAAAUACUCACAGACAGGCUGCAGCACACCUUAAGAGCUUUGGAAGAUGAGAAGAAAAAGACAGAUACUUUAUUAUAUUCGGUUCUUCCAAUUUCUGUUGCAAAUGAACUCAGACACAAGCGUCCCGUCCCAGCUAAGAGAUAUGAUAAUGUCACCAUUUUAUUUAGUGGCAUUGUCGGAUUCAAUGCGUUUUGCAGUAAACAUGCUUCUGGAGAAGGAGCCAUGAAAAUUGUCAAUCUUUUGAAUGAUGUCUACACCAGGUUUGAUAUUUUAACAGACUCACGAAAGAACCCUUACGUUUAUAAGGUUGAAACUGUGGGUGACAAAUACAUGACAGUGAGUGGUCUUCCAGAACCAUGUGUCCAUCAUGCACGGUCCAUUUGUCAUCUGGCUUUAGAUAUGCUGGAAAUUGCAGGCCAAGUUCAAGUUGAUGGGGAGUCUGUUCAGAUAACAAUUGGUAUCCAUACUGGAGAAGUGGUUACUGGGGUUAUAGGCCAGAGAAUGCCACGCUAUUGCCUGUUUGGAAAUACAGUUAAUCUGACAAGCCGAACAGAGACAACAGGAGAAAAGGGGAAGAUCAACGUCUCAGAAUACACUUACAGAUGUCUUAUGACUCCAGAAAAUUCCGAUCCUCAGUUUCUCUUAAAGCACAGAGGUCCAGUGAGCAUGAAGGGGAAAACAGAUCCAAUGCAAGUUUGGUUUUUAUCCAGAAAGAACACAGAAACAGAGGAAUAAUUAAAAGAUUCUUAAACUGGUGAACAGAACAAGGAUCCAUAUGGGUUUAUCUCUAUCGUCCAACUUUAUUUUUGAAGAAUAAACAGUUUUACUUUUACCUCUUUCAAUAAUAUAUUAGUUUGCAAUGCAUUCCAUCUCCACAUGGCAUGCAAAGGGUAAACUUUUGUUCUGUACCAUUUAGGGAGGCGGACAACACAGAGGGAAAUAUAUAUGUUUUUGCAUUUGUUUGUGCUUUUUUAUUUUAAUUUUAUUUGUUCCUAAGAAUAUAUAACUUGUACCUGAAAUUUGAGAUUUUCUUGUGCUUAGCAUAAGCAUUUUAUUAAUAUAAAUGUUGAUUGUUGCCCUGGUGGCAAUAAAUGUAGGUAAUUUGACAGCUAUUUACAGAGUCCAUAUAACGGUCCACUUAUUUUUAAGUAAAUUAUGUGCUAAAUAAUUAAUGUAUUCUAUUGAUUUAACCUAUCCAUUUUAUAGGCAAAACAAAAUGUAAAAAGCUAAGCUUGGCAUACAUUUAUAAUUUACUUCCUAACUUACUGCUUAGUGCACAAACCUCUUAGAAGUGCCAAACAAUGAUUAUGAUUAUAAGCUAUUCAUUACUACACAGUUGUUGAAUGAAUAUUUAGUAUUCUUGCAAUUCUUCUUGUAAGGCUAGAUUUCUAAUAAUAUUUUGUCCCUAAUAGGAGCAUACAUAUACAUAUGCACUCAUCUUAUCACUUCUGAUGUUUAUAGAGGUACCUUGUAAUAUGUCCUGUUUGGUGUGGUGCCAAGUGCCAAAUAAAACCUAGUGCUUUACGUCACUUAAAGGAACACUCCAAACACCAUAACAACGACAGCCAGCAGCUAUGGUGUCAGGAGUACCCUGGUUCUAUCCCUUAGUACGUAGUCAAACUGUAUUAGUACAGCUUGAAAACGUGUCUGGGUGAUGCAUAUGUCUGCUGGAGAAACCUGAUGUCUUUAUAGAGCUACGUAGGGCCAAAAGAGGAUAGUCUUCAGCUGACAGCCUCAGCCAUUAAGCAUGGACCUACGUUCCCUUGCUUAGCUAUGUAGAGAACCAUAUUUUCCUAAAGGAGAAAAUCAGAAAUAUAGGCUGCACGCUGCACCCAGGGACACCUAGUAGGACCGAGUUUUCAGACCAUAAUAAAAUGGUUUGGCUACUUAGCAUGGGAAAGCAGCAGGGCACUUCAGUAACCUUAACCACUACAGUGGGCUUUAGUGUUUAUGGCGGUUGAAGAGUACUUUUAAGAGUAUUUUCUUGUAAAUAUUAACCAAUAGAAAAUUACUAUUUUUAGUAUAUGUUCAAUAUAUUAUCAUCUUGAUUUUGAUUAACAUAUGGCGGAAGCAUUGAUUAAAAAAAAAAAAAGAACAGUGGGUUAAUGUAUAAAACGAAGAUUGGGGCAAAGUUCUAUUAGUCGCUCUGUCACUAAGUAGAACAUGUAGCAUGUAAUGUUCACAGGUAUCGAGAGGGACAAGGUAGUCAGAGCGUCUUACAUUUUUUAAAGGGGAUUAAGCGUUUCCUAUGCCAGAAACAAAGGGUGAUCUGUUAGUUGGUUUUGAGACAGUGAUCUUUAUGUGUGUUUUGAUAUUUGAGUUGUAGAAAAGAGUUGGGAACAUCAAAGGUAGCAUCAUGCUGAAGCACUGACGAGUUAGGUUAAAAUGUGAUGAAUAAUCUUUAUACAUUUGUAAAUUACUGAAAAAAAAAGCUUUAAUGGUAUGUUAGCUAUUCAAAACUUUAUUUAUACAUAAAUAAUAUAUCAUAUGUUACACAUCCUAUAUUUGGAGUAUAUCUUGUACUGAUCUUGUAACUGUUAUAUUUUAGUAUGAUUGCCUUGGAUGUAUAAAAAGCAUUGUUCUAUAUAAUAUGAAGUAUGUAGUCUGUAAUUGUUUGUGUUUGUACAAAUGUUCAUGUAUAAAACAUCCAAAAUAAAUUAUUAUUUUUUUCCAUUCAAUGUUUCUUUUACAAUAAAGCUAGUGUUUUGAGCUGUUAA